ACCACAUUAUUAAAGUUACAUUGGAUUUUAACUGGUUAACAACAAUGUUAACAGCGGUCCGCUUCCACCAGGUUAACGCCCACUCAUGGGAAGCGGAAGACGGACCAGCUCUCUGUUUGUUUCGUGGUCUCUUGCCGUAAACUGGAAGCAAUUGAACUCCAUUUCGAUGGCACAUCUGCCAUGGAUUGUUAUGAACUCUGGAAGCAGUGAGGAAAAAGUCGCUAUCGCAGACAUGUAAGGCCCGAAAAAUAGAUCGAUAGCUUGACAGGUCGAUAAAUAGCUCUUCUCUGAACAUCGAACCGAUGUGUUAAUUCAUCUAACUAUGGCAGUGUGGUAAAAAGGGGGCCCCUCUCGUCGCGGUGCUCCCCAGCCGGCGUCUCUGCUGCCAUGGAGGUGGGCAGCCUCCCCGUGGAGCUGUGGAGGGUUAUUUUGGCCUACCUCCCUCUCCCUGACCUGGGCCGCUGCUGCCAGGUGUGCCGUGCCUGGCGGGAGCUCGUCCUCUCUCUUGAUAACACCCGCUGGAGACAACUCUGCCUAGGCUGCCCUGAGUGCCGACAUCCCAACUGGCCCAGUCAGCCCCAUGUGGAGCCCCCAUCCUGGAGAGAGGCCCUUAAGGAGCAUGCCCUGGCCACCCGCACCUGGAAUCAAAAUGGCCCAGAGCUCCAGUCCUCCGCCUGCCUCCUCUUUUUCCGUCGCCGAAAAGACCGUAGGGUUUGGCAUGUGGGGCCCGGGUGCGAGUUUGAGACCCUUCGCGGGGCCCUCGGGGUGGUGGGGCCAUAUGACCGUGUGGUUCUCCAUCCGGGGGUAUAUGAGGAGCAGGCUGAAGUGGCACUGAAGGUGCCUGUGGAGCUGGUUGGGCUGGGCCGAUUGGGUGAGGUGGCCCUCCUGGUGUGUAUGGAGCAGCAGUGCCCCACUGCCAGGCUGUGUAAUCUGGUGUUCAUGCCACCCUGGUUCUCCACUGUGGUCUAUAAGACAUCAUGGGGUCAUGUCCAACUGGAUAACUGCAACUUUGAGGGGGCUCAGUUGCAAGUCCGCGGCCCAGGAACCUGCCAGGCUCGUUUCUGCUCCUUCUCACAAGGCAGCUCUGCCCACUUGCUGGGUGUUGUACUCAGUUUAUUGGACAGCUGUGACUUCUCUGGAAGUGACACAGCCUCUGUGACUGUUGAAGGUCCUCCAGUUUCAGAAAGGAACUGGGCUUGUAAACACUUGGCUGCCCUGGCCAGGACUUUGCCGUCAUGUAGCGUAUCUGGGAAUAACGACAGCCCUCCCAGAGGCCGUCUGGCUGGCUCCACUGGUGGGCAUCAACCUCCUGGUGCUAAUGUCAAAAAGGAGCAUGUGAGCAUAGAAGACUGGCAGAGGAGGACCGGGGUAGAUGCAGUGUGUCAGGGCACAGUGAUUGAAGACUGCUGGAGCGACGGUGACCGCAGCGAGGGAGAAGAGGAGAAUCAAGAUGGAGGAGGAACUAACAACACCAAAAAUCAAUUUACAUUGGAUUACAAAAUCCCAUGUGACCAUCAUGGUCUAUCCCAUUUGCUCAAGCCCCGGCCAGAUGGCUCUCUGCCAUUAGCCUCCUCCCCGGAUCCCCCAUCUGUGACCCCUGAACCCCUCACCUUUCAGCAAGAACUAGACAGGGAUCCAGAGGCUCAGAUGUUGGCAGCAUCCACCCUCGGCUGUAUCCUCAGACGCUGCCUCUUCAGGGAAGGGAAGGGUGGCGUGCAUUUAUCCAAUUACGGACAAGCUCGGCUGGAGGGGAAUGUUUUCCGUGGGCUCAACUAUGCUGUCCGCUGCAUCCAGAACUCCACAAUAGUGAUGCUGAGAAACGAUGUGUGUGAGUGCCGUGCAUCAGGUGUGUUCCUGCGCCUCUCUGCUCAGGGCCUCAUUGCAGAAAACAACAUCCACUCGAAUGGGGAGGCGGGGCUGGACAUCCGAAAAGGGGCUAACCCCAUCAUCGUGUGCAACAAAAUACACAGUGGUCUGCGUUCAGGGGUGGUUGUCCUUGGCAAUGGGAAAGGUUCAAUUCGGAGCAACCAGAUCUUUAACAACAAGGAAGCGGGCGUGUAUAUUCUCUUUAGCGGGAAUCCUGUGGUCAGUGGGAAUCACAUCUUCCAGGGCCAGGCAGCCGGGAUAGCUAUAAACGAGAACGGCAGAGGGAUUAUAACAGAGAAUGUGAUCAAAGAGAACCAGUGGGGGGGCGUGGACAUUCGCAGAGGAGGUGACCCCAUCCUGAAGAACAACUACAUCUGUUAUGGCUACUCGGAUGGCGUGGUGGUGGGAGAGAGAGGUCGCGGACUUAUUGAGGGAAACCACGUCUAUUGUAACAAAGGCUGUGGUGUGUGGGUUAUGUCGUCCAGCCUCCCGCAGCUACUGGGAAACUACAUCACCCAUAACUGUAUGUAUGGGCUGGCGGUGUUCUGCAGGAAGGACCCAGAGAACAUUGAGGCCAGGGAUGGGAACUGGCCAGGGCAAGAAGGGAUUGGGGGAGAAGGAGGCAGCGGGGAAAGGAGGGGGGUAGAAGCAGAAGGGAGAGAAGGGCAGGAGAACUUGAAUGAAGAGGGGGAGCUGUUUGCAUGGGAGAGCGAUCUGGACAGUGAGGAUGAGCGCCACUCUUCCCGUCGUUCUAUCAGUGUGGCCCUGGUGGAGAGCAACUGUAUGAACUACAAUGGAGCAGUUGGUCUGUAUGUGAAAAGCAGUGAGCCCCUGAAUGUUUUCGCCAACCUCGUAAACGGCAAUCGUGGCACUGGCAUUGCUGUGCUGCAGAGCAGUCAGCUGACCCGACUGGUUACAAACUGCAUUCUUGAAAAUGGUCGAGGUGGUGUUACGGUGGAGAAGGACUGCCGAGUGGAGCUUCGUGGCAACGGAAUUUAUAAAAACAGUGGGCACGGUGUCGGUUUCAGUGGUAACGGGCAGAUUGUGGAGAAUGAUGUGGUUGGAAACCGGGGAUAUGGGAUCCAAGUCUCUGGCGGUGCUGACAUCAAGGUAAUGCGCAACCGUGUCCAACCAGCACAGGGCUGUGGAAUCGCUGUGCUAGGGCCAGUAAAAGGUGUUGUCCAUGACAAUCUCCUGUUCCAGGGCCACCCUGGAAACAAAAAAACACUGCUACAUAUGGAUCCUGGCAAUGAGAGCUGUGUGUUGCGCAACAACAGUGUUCUAAGGCAUAAUAACAGCUGUACAUCUGCUCCUCCCUGGGUUUUGGAAAACCCUCCACCUCGUCCACUGGCCAGCUCCCCCUCUGGCCUCUCCUCAUCCCAAUAUCCUUCCCGACUUGGAAUUUCUAUGACGACCAGGAUCAGCGCCACAGUAGAAAGCGGUUGCCACAGUGGCAGCAUGUUCUGCUCCAUCCUGUGAAUCCUGCCGAACACUCCAGAAACCAAUAUGAAUGACUUUCCAGAAAUGUCAGCAUCUGGUCACUAUGUACAUCAUACAUGUGGAGCACUGACCUUCAAAAAUGAUGCCCUCCCGAUGAGGAGUAACUGUCCAGGAAGCAAGAGGCUGCUCCGAGUAUAACCACUAAAAAGGGGCCAUCCACCUUCCAGUGCAUUAGGGUGGCACAACAUUUUGUAAAUUUGAAAUCAGACUUUGUAAGUUUAUGAUAAAAUUCCAAUGCGCUCGUCAAAUGUUGACUAAUGAAGUGAAGCACAUGAACUCAUCGUCUUAAACAACCAUUUCCAUACUGAAGCUUUAACUUAAUCAUGUCCUUUUACGUGCAUAUUCAUGUACAGAACUGCUGUAGACUUUGUUUUUGUCAGUUUGCUUCUGAGACUCACUGGUUAGGACGUGCACAUUUAUAAAAAUCCUAGCAGGAGCCAGAGGUGUCAGAGAUGCCAGCUUCAACCAUGCUACAAAGUAAAGCUGUGCCUUGUUUGACUUUUUAAAAUCAAUCAAUGAUUGUAGCUAGGGGAGGUGUUGUCAUAGUGUGAGGUGUAUAUGCAAAAAAACAAAGCCAAACUUAAGCUUCUGCCUCUUGCAGAGAGCUGCUGUUUCCAGGUGAGUCUGUUUUUGGUAUCUUGCCCUCAGUGUUGUUUUGAGAACGUGAUGCACUUCAGCUUUCUUUGACUUUGUGAAAUUCAGCGAGGGAGGACAAGUUACCAUUCCAGAUACCAUCAACACACUGCACAGUGACACAACCACAGACUCACCCGGUAAUAGCCAGCUAUAGAAGGAAAGGUGUUCAGUGUGCAAUAUGUGCUGUCUACAAAUGUGCCUAUACGUCUAAUUGUGGUUUUUUUUGUUUUUGUUUUUUUUAAGCCAAGAUGUUUUCUGUCAUCUAGAAUUUGUUACGGCUCAUUACUCUGCUUUUUUUGUAUCUUGCACAGUACGCAUUAAGGAACAUGUACAAUUCAAAGUUCUCCACUUUAUUUGUCUACAAAAUACAUUAAUAAACUUUCUUGUUUUGUGGGA